UUAGAGGGCUUUGGAGGGCUGGGCAUCAUCGCAUACCAUACAUAGGUGGAGGGCUUGUUAUUCUGUUUCCCGCCUACGAGAGGAUACCCCUAUUGUUUCUGAAAAUGCUGACCAGGACCCACACUUCCAACAACAAAAAUUCCUCUACCCCUUCAACGGCAGCAAAUGCGGCAGAAGCACCAGCCACAGAUAAGUGUUUUUGAUGAAUUGCAAGAUGGAGAGGGUUUGCAGUGCUCCCAGCCGUGCUGAUACCGAAUGCCUUUAAGAUACAGCCUUUCCCAUCCUAAUCUACAAAGGAAACAGGAAAAAGGAACUUAAAACUCCCUGUGCUCAGACAGAAAUGAGACUGUUACCGCCUGCUUCUGUGCUGUUCCUUCUUGCCUCUGCCUUGUAAACAAGACCUAGUAGAACGUGAGAAUGGAAAGUCAGAAACCUGGGGGUGCUUGAAAGAAUCCCUGGGACCUCACGCACAUCUGCGGAACCUGAAUGGAGAGACUGGGGGAAGUAUGGACUGUUUAGCCGGCUUCAUUCUCUGCGGAGUCAGCUUGCUCCUUUCUGGAACAGUGAACGGUGCCAUGGACUUGAUCUUGAUCAAUUCCCUACCUCUUGUGUCUGAUGCUGAAACGUCCCUCACCUGUAUUGCCUCUGGGUGGCGCCCCAAUGAGCCCAUCACCAUAGGGAGAGAUUUUGAAGCCUUAAUGAACCAGCACCAGGAUCCACUGGAAGUUACUCAAGAUGUGACCAGAGAAUGGGCUAAAAAAGUCGUCUGGAAGAGAGAAAAGGCUAGUAAAAUCAAUGGUGCUUAUUUCUGUGAAGGGCGAGUUCGAGGAGAGGCAAUAAGGAUACGGACCAUGAAGAUGCGCCAACAAGCUUCCUUCCUACCAGCUACUUUAACUAUGACUGUGGACAGGGGAGAUAAUGUGAACAUAUCUUUCAAAAAGGUGUUGAUUAAAGAAGAAGAUGCAGUGAUUUACAAAAAUGGUUCCUUCAUCCAUUCAGUGCCCCGGCACGAAGUACCUGAUAUUUUAGAAGUAAAUCUGCCUCAUGUGCAGCCCCAAGAUGCUGGAGUGUACUCGGCCAGGUACAUAGGAGGAAACCUCUUCACCUCGGCCUUCACCAGGCUCAUAGUCCGGAGAUGUGAAGCUCAGAAGUGGGGACCUGAAUGCAACCGUGUCUGUACUGCUUGUAUGAACAAUGGGGUCUGCCAUGAAGAUACCGGAGAAUGCAUUUGCCCGCCUGGGUUUAUGGGGAAAACAUGUGAAAAACCUUGUGAAGUACACACAUUUGGCAGAACUUGUAAAGAAAGGUGCAGUGGACUAGAAGGAUGCAAGUCCUACGUGUUCUGUCUCCCAGACCCCUAUGGGUGUUCCUGUGCCACAGGCUGGAAGGGCCUGCAGUGCAAUGAAGCAUGCCAGCCUGGCUACUAUGGGCCAGACUGUAAGCUGAGGUGCAGGUGCACCAACGGGGAGAUGUGUGAUCGGUUCCAGGGCUGCCUCUGCUCUCCAGGACGCCAAGGGCUCCAGUGUGAGAAAGAAGGCAUACCAAGGAUAACCCCAAGGAUAGAGGAUUUGCCAGAUCACAUAGAAGUAAACAGUGGUAAAUUUAACCCCAUCUGCAAAGCAUCAGGCUGGCCACUACCUGCUAAUGAAGAAAUGACUCUGGUGAAGCCGGAUGGAACAGUGCUCCAUCCAAAAGACUUUAACCACACGGGUCAUGUCUCAGUGGCCAUCUUCACCAUCCACCGGAUCCUGCCCCCUGACUCGGGAGUCUGGGUCUGCAGUGUGAACACUGUGGCUGGGAUGGUGGAAAAACCUUUCAACAUUUCUGUAAAAGUUCUUCCCAAGCCUCUGAAUGCCCCAAACGUGAUCAACACUGGACAUAACUUUGCUGUCAUCAACAUCAGCUCCGAGCCUUUCUUUGGGGAUGGACCAAUCAAAUCCAAGAAGCUUCUGUACAAACCUGUUAAUCAUUAUGAGGCAUGGCGGCAUAUCCAAGUGACAAAUGAAAUUGUUACGCUCAACUACUUGGAACCUCGCACAGAAUAUGAACUCUGCGUGCAGCUGGUCCGGCGUGGAGAGGGCGGAGAAGGGCACCCUGGACCUGUGACACGGUUCACAACAGCUUCUAUCGUUCUCCCUCCUCAACCUGAAAACAUCAAGAUUUCCAACAUCACAGACUCCUCAGCCGUGAUCUCUUGGACGAUCUUGGAUGGUUAUUCUAUUUCUUCUAUUAUCAUCCGUUACAAGGUUCAGGGCAAGAGUGAAGACCAGCACAUUGACGUGAAGAUCAAGAAUGCCACCAUCACCCAGUAUCAGCUCAAGGGCCUGGAGCCGCAAACAGUGUACCACUUGGAAAUUUUUGCAGAGAACAACAUAGGGUCAAGCAACCCAGCUUUUUCUCAUGAACUGGUGACUCCUCCCAAGCCUCAAGCACCAGCAGAGUUCGGAGGCGGGAAGAUGCUGCUUACAGCCAUCCUCGGCUCGGCGGGGAUGACCUGCCUGACGGUGCUGUUGGCCUUCCUGAUCAUGUUGCAGCUGAAGAGGGCAAACGUGCAAAGGAGGAUGGCCCAGGCCUUCCAAAACGUGAGGGAAGAGCCAGCUGUGCAGUUCAACUCAGGAACUCUGGCCCUGAACAGGAAGGCCAAAAACAACCCAGAUCCUACCAUUUAUCCAGUGCUUGACUGGAACGACAUCAAAUUUCAAGAUGUGAUUGGGGAGGGGAAUUUUGGCCAGGUUCUAAAGGCACGCAUCAAGAAGGAUGGAUUACGGAUGGACGCCGCCAUCAAGAGGAUGAAAGAAUAUGCCUCCAAAGACGACCACAGGGACUUUGCGGGGGAACUGGAGGUUCUCUGUAAACUCGGGCACCACCCAAACAUCAUCAAUCUUUUGGGAGCGUGUGAACAUCGUGGCUACCUGUACCUGGCCAUCGAGUAUGCCCCGCACGGGAACUUGCUGGACUUCCUACGCAAAAGCCGAGUGCUGGAGACGGAUCCCGCGUUCGCCAUCGCCAACAGCACCGCCUCCACGCUGUCCUCCCAGCAGCUGCUGCACUUUGCCGCAGAUGUGGCCCGGGGUAUGGACUACUUGAGCCAAAAACAGUUUAUCCACAGGGACCUGGCUGCCAGGAACAUUUUAGUUGGUGAAAACUAUGUAGCCAAGAUAGCAGAUUUUGGAUUGUCCCGAGGUCAAGAAGUUUAUGUGAAAAAGACAAUGGGAAGGCUCCCAGUGCGCUGGAUGGCCAUUGAGUCACUAAAUUACAGCGUGUAUACAACCAACAGUGACGUAUGGUCUUAUGGGGUGUUACUAUGGGAGAUUGUCAGCCUAGGUGGCACCCCCUACUGCGGGAUGACGUGUGCAGAACUCUAUGAGAAGCUGCCGCAGGGCUACAGACUGGAGAAGCCCCUAAACUGUGAUGACGAGGUGUAUGAUCUAAUGAGACAAUGCUGGCGGGAGAAGCCCUAUGAGAGGCCAUCAUUUACCCAGAUACUGGUGUCCUUAAACAGGAUGUUAGAAGAACGAAAGACCUACGUGAAUACCACGCUUUAUGAGAAGUUUACCUAUGCAGGGAUUGACUGCUCUGCUGAAGAAGCGGCCUAGGACAGACCAUCUUCAUCUGUAUAUUCUGUUUCGCCUUCACCGCCAUGAGAGACCUGUGAUACCUUGAUGCCAAGCAAGCCUCUGCCAAGAGAGGUGACACAGAACAUAGACGUGUAUAUAUAUUGCUGUCUGUUUGGGACUUUCACCACAGAAACCCCCAUGUGUGAAUCUGCAGUACACUCUGACUCAUAGAACUGUAUAUACUGUUUGGAGUAAGAAUAUGCUGAAAACAGAAUUCCUGUUUGUGGUUUCAUAUGCAAUAAUAUAUUUUUCUAAAUAUGUGGAUUUUAAAGGGAAGUGUGAGAGUACAAUUACUGUAAUGCAUAACUCAUAUUGUCCUAGAUAUUUUUGAUAUUUACCUUUAUAUUGAAUGCUACAAAAUGUUUUGCUGUGUAGAAGUCCAAUACUGUUAACAACUUAACACUGAUCCUGAUAGCACAGGUAAGAAAAAUGGGGAAAUGUAUGAGUUCUGAUAGGUUGCAACUUUAAACCAUCUUCCACCGUUAUUAAGAGACUGAAAAAUUCAAGUGAUAUUAAAACAGAUUUUUCUCUCUCUAAAUUUUCUCUCUCAUCUAUAGAAGCCGUUGAAUUUCUCUAGAUCAUUUGACAACUUUAUCAUGUGUUACCAGAGCCCACCAGUCAGUACAGAAUGUUAACAUCUAAAGAUAAACUUAAAUAUCAUUCCUUAGAUGCCUAAGACCUUUUAGAUAUGUAUAAAUACAUUUAAAAAAUAAAUUAAUGGUAUUUGG